GUCAGAAGAGGAAUGUUCGUACAAUGAGGGUCUGUGUAUUGUAGUUCCGCUAUUGCCUCGGUGCACCACACGGACAAACGAUUGUCAAUGGACUAUUUGAGACGGAUCUCAAUCGGUUUAAUGCAACGGCUCCCUGCGUUUCGGCUGCGUGCUUUUUGACUCGUAAUUUGCAACCAGAUCCUUCUUAUCCGGAUGGAAAGCGAAAGACGGAGAGAAAGGACUACAAAAAAAAAAAAAAAUCCAAACCGAAAUGCCGUGAGUGUUGAAGUUUAGGGGCUUUUGUGUGUUGGUAGAUUCUCCUGUUUUGGCGACCAAUCGCUCAAUUUAAAUGUCUAGUUAUUCUUACUCUUUUCUGACUAUUUAAGAAGUGGGGCACAUUCGCGAUAAAGUGAGAUGACAUGGUAGCUUAAUACCAGCCAUCGAUGGAACUGAAGUUGUGCGUGCUAAGGUUUUGAAUCAUCCGAGGGCUUCUUAAUGAAUGUAAUGUAUCCGUGAGCAGAGGUCCAGUCGUUAAGCAAGAGUGGAUUCAUUCCAGCUGUGAGUCCACGAGCCUUUCAUGUGUGUAAAUCAUAUCAGUUUUAAUUCUAAGCUGACACAGUAUAACUCCCGGGAGGAAGAAAUCACUAAUACAAAUCUGCAACAUUGGGACUUUUUUUUUUUUUUUAUUCCUCUGUGGAACCUAGAAUGAGUUUAUACUGACCUGAUCUUACUUUCUAGGCAAGUGUUUUUGAAUAUUUCCCAUCACUAUAACAUUCCUAUCAGUUUGUCGGGAUUAUUGUGUAAUCUUUCAACAAACGGGCUAUCAUAGGCUAGUCUCUCGAGUGACUUUGUGCGUGCAGUGGAGUAUUUUUUUCUUUCCACAUGGGAUCCUAGCUGAGUCCAUACGUCUUGUUGUCUUCCAUGCCCGUACUGUGGUCCAAUCUAAGCUCAGCGGACCUCAGUGUAAACGGCAUGGGAGAGGCGACCCCUGCUCAGUCUGCCGCGGGAGCGUUCGUGCCCAUGUUGGGUGUCGGUUUAGGAACUGUGCCCGGCGGGGUCGGCAGCGGGCCGGGGGUGGCCCCAUCCAGAGGCUCCGCGGUGCCGCAGCUGCACAACGCCAUAGUGGAGCGUCUGCGCGCCCGCAUAGAGCUGUGCAGGCGGCACCACACCACCUGCGAGAACCGCUACCAGAGGGGCCAGGCCGAGAGCUCGGACCGGGAGCACGAGAGCACGCUUCACCUGCUCAACAUAGUCCACCAAGGGCCGGGGACCCGGAAGGCAAAGGGCAGCCGGGGAUCGAACCAGCAACCUCCAGAGUACAGCAGGGCCAACGGGGAGCAGAAGGGCUCAGAGGGCGAGCAGAAGAUCAACACGCGCAUAGCGCUUCAAGGAUCUUUGCGAAGAAAGAUUGAGGGACACGCACCAGGACACGCACCAAAGCAGAAUGGGCUCUCCUGUGGUUUCUCUGGAUCCGACUUUAAGCGGGUCCGUGUGGAUACUGGUGGUCUGGGACACGGGCCCUGCAACCAUAACUUAACACAGUCUCAUUCUCUGCAAGGGUCCUCGACCAUGGGCAUGCAGAGGAAGAAUUACAUGAUGCCCCAUGGAGUGGGCUCAGACAUAUUCAACAUGACCCUGAAAGAAAUGAAAAAAGAGCCCAUUGAGGUCCAGUCUUGUGGCCAGUCAAACGCAGAGAUGAUUUUCGACUUCAAAGACGAAGGCGGCGGUCAGAUUGACCCAGAGCUCCAGGAUCUUUUCGAUGAGCUGACAAAAACAGUGCCUACGCUGAACGACCUGGAGUUUGAGAAGAUGCUGAAGCAGGAUGAUACAUUCGGUUUGGAUCUAGGCCGGCCGAGCUCAGCAGGAGCGGCUGCCAGUCUGUGUUCCCCAAUGGAUAAGCCCAUAAAGAUGGAGCACUCCCCAGACUUUGGCCAGGUUCAUGGUGGCUCGCCGCAGCUUCGACCAGCCUCGGCCGGACCCUCUUUCACGUUGACCAGCACGUCUUCUACCGCCACGUCGCAGAAAGCUAACAUUCAGGCAGGACACCCCAGAGCAUUGCCCUGCUGGCCAGAAAUAUCCCACGCAGAGCAGCUGAAGCAGAUGGCAGCCAACCAGCAGCAGCCGACCUCUCUGCUCCAUCACCACCAUCAAACGCCACCUGCAGGAUUGACCAACUGGGCUCCUGCCAUGAGCACCCACUCCUCCACCAGCGCCUUCCCCCAGGACAAGGUCUCCAGCCCGGCCCCACUUAGCCAGCAGAGGAUUGGCUCACAGAGUAAAGGGAUCAACAACUGCCUCUUCAAGUCAAAUGGCCACAAUGGCUCCCAUCAUUUGGAUAUGAAGGUUCUCAGCACCAAGCCCACGUUGCACUUCAGCCCCAAAGCCCCCCAUUCUGCCAACCAACCGAUGCCAAUCAUGACAGGCUCAGUGAACAAGACUUCAGGCCAGCAGCAGCAGCAGUCACCAUCGACCGGCCAGAAUCAACCACAUUCGGCUCUCCACUUCCAGAACCAGCAGAUCUCCACAUCAGGUGCUCUUUGUCUGCAACCCAAGCCGGUUCCCGCAGGACUGCCAUUCAAACUGUCACAACAGCGACAGGGUGUUCCUCCUGGUCCGAGGCUCCCCACCAAUGGAAGCUUAGGAGUCCUGUCAGCCCAGUCCCAGCCACGGGCCCCAGCACCCAACAACCAGCAGAAAGGCCCAGCCAAAAGUCAGGCCAUGCCGAGACAGCUUAAUCAACAACAGCACACCAUUAGCAAUUCAGACAAAGACAAUGCACAUGAUCAGUUCAAUCGCCAUCUCACAAGACCGCCGCCUGAUUACAAGCAGUCGAGAAGUAUGGUGGGAGUUCAGCAAGGAAACAUCUUUACAGGUCCAAACUCGUCCCAGUCUUCCAGCAAUGGCCCUGAGAAUGACCUCCAGUCCAUGCCUUGUCAACUCCCCAGUGGGUCUGGUCCAAAGAUGAUUCCUUCACCAUCGGAUCGCAGAUUUGGUAUCGGGACUGAUUGCCGUCCGAGUUCUUGUAUUGGCCCAUUCCAGCAGCAUAACAAUCAGAAUCGAAUUGGACUAAAUCAAAAUAAAGCUAGGUUCCUGGGGCCGAGCAUGCAUGGGAAUUCUUUUGGGAUUAACAAUGUAGCAGGUGUACAACACACAAGAACGACAGCUGACCUGCAUUCCUCAGGGGUCCCAGGACAGACUCUCGGAGGCUUGAUGAAAAAUGUCAACAUGAGCUGGGGCUCAGCCAACAAGCAAGUGACAACUGGACUUGGUGUUAGGGGGCUACUCAAUCCUCUACAGUCUCAGGGGGCGCAGCUGGACAUGCCAAACCAUCCGUACCAACAGAGGCAUAUUGGCCCUCCCAACCAGGUAGCACCAGACAUUGGGAUGCUCCCUCUUAACCCUUCGAUGAGAGACACAGGCCCACGGCCAGGCCAGCCAAUGAUGGGGUCUCCAUCAGCAGUGGGAAACCUGAACCAGGCCUCUCCUGAACAGAGGGUACCAGCAGGCAACUUUGCAGAGCCCAGUCCCAGCUCGAGCAGCUACCAGAAUAACCGGGCCAACCGACUGACCUUUGACUUCCUCCCCGAGGGAGACAACACAGUUCCAGGGAUCAACACAGACUCAGACUUCAUAGACUCUCUCCUCAAGUCGGGCUCUGGGAAUGAUGAUUGGAUGAAAGAUAUAAAUUUGGAUGAGAUUCUGGGCAGUCACUCUUGAAUUUGGGUCACAGAUGGCUAAAAAUCAACCCACAACUUAAAGUAUAGAGGUUAUGGAUGUAAGGUGCAAGGGGUAACAUUUGUAAAUAAUGUUAAAAUGGAAUUUUAUAAACUCAUAUUAUUUGUUAUCCAAGUAUACUGUAUUGUUUUGUAUUGUAUUUACUGUGAACUGAAUUUGUGUUCUGUCCUUAGUACUCUGCAUAUUCUAUUCCUGGUAUAUUGGCCAAGAAAUUACUUUUCUUUGCAGUUACUUCUUUUGUGGUCUGUUUGUCAUACUCAUGCUGUAGUGCUGUCUUAUAGGAUACAAUACCAAAUUCACACUGUGAAAAGAAAACAUUGCUGUGUUGCUUUCAAGUUCAUCUUGGUAUUCCAAGUUAAGUUUCUAAAUCUGCAUCCACUAUUUAGCAUGACACGGUAUUUACAAUCAGAUGUUUUGCUACCAUACACAGAGAAUCUUGCCACAACAAAUGUUUUCUCACUUAUUGUUUUAAGUGUUUUCAUCUGUGGUAGUUUUUGAUGCAAUUUAAGUAAUGUAACCAUUCUUUUUUCAUGUGGUAUUUAAUAACUAUUGGGAUAGUAAUGAGACAUUAUAAUACAUGUAAUUAAUAAAAUGAUU